AUGGGCCAAGAACGAAGUAUAUUAUCGAGGAGAUCUCAAAAUACUAUUGAGAUGUUGUCGAUGACAUGGGUGCAGUUUGUCAAGCUUAUCUGCGAACUCAAUGACAAAUGUGCAAAUUUUGUUGACUCAGAUGGAAGGCAUUUAUUGUUUGCAAUCAAAAAAGGCACUGCUAAUACUGUGCUUUGGAAAGUGACUGUUAGGAUAUGCACUUUGAAAAUUAAUGCAAGAUCGGCGGAUUCCUACCGUAUAUUCUCAUUUGAACAAUUCCUAAGGCUUCAGAAAUCACUAUAUUAUCUGCUGAAAGGUGCUGUAGAUAAGACAGACGGAACACUAUUUCAAGGACACGUUCUUGAUGCAUGUAUAGACAGGGCUCUUAACACGAUCGAAUGUAUAAUAUGUAUGGAACGUCAAUCAGAUGUAGUAUUGCCGUGUGUUCAUAGUUUCUGCUCGAUAUGUGUCGAACAGUGGAAAGCAAUGGAGAAGGACUGGUGUCCGCUCUGUCGUUAUCCAUUACAACUUGAUGGAAGUGACACAUGGAUAAUUCCGGAUGUUAUCGAAUGUUGUGAACUGAAUAAUUAUUUGAUGUCCUUGACGAAACCUGACGGAAGCAGGACUUAUUUUGUACUGGAUGGAAAAGGAAAAAAUCCGCCAUACAUAUUAAGGCCUUAUAAUUAUAUGUAUGAGAACAGUGACGAUAAUUUACCAAAAAUUAUUACCAAUACAGAGAGAAUGAUUGGAGGUAGCAAAAAAGCAACAACAGAUUUCAUCAGUGCAAGCAAAAGGCAAGUUUAUGUGGCACGAGUUGGCAAACGAAUGCAUGAUGCGAUGGAAGGUGAAUGA